CUGUCAGAGCUGCAAUAGAGACUGGGGCUUUAAAGCCCAACAGCAAGCAAAAGGGGUGAGAGAAAAGUUGUGGGUUGAUGGUUUCGAAGAUCGUUUGAAGAGUUUGCAGAGCAACAGAAGAUGGAAUGAUGCUGUUUGGUGUUCGGAGCAGUAAGGAUGAAGGGGCAUUAAUGCCAGUAGGAUGGGUGAAAAUGGGCAUCGUUCUGAGGAAUGGCAUGUAGGACCUUCCACCAAGUCAGCCUGUUCACUGGGAGCCUCCUGCACAAACUGCUGGCCAUGUUCUCCCUCUUCACCCUCUCGCUGUUCUGCUUCUAUUUCCUGACCGGCUGCUGUGACUCCAUCCCGCCGGGGGGCAGGAGUCAGGAGCUGGGCUUGAGGCGGCAAAUCCAGGCGGAAGGGCGGCCGAGGAGGCUGAGCACCGUGCCGCCCAGCGACGAGGAGCCCUCGUCCGGAUCCUACACCCCAGCCAGCCCGGACGGGGCUGAGCCGCAGCAGGGCAGCGGAGCUCCGGAGGCGGCGGGACGCUCUCCCCCAGACCGGGCAGCGGCCAACGGGACGGCCAAAGCGGGCAGCCGCUGGUGGUGCGCUCUGCGCCGGCUGCCCGAGGCUCUCAUCAUCGGCGUGAAGAAGGGAGGGACACGGGCUCUGCUCGAGUUCAUGCGACUGCACCCGGCAGUCAGGGCGCUGGGAGCAGAGCCGCAUUUUUUCGACAGACACUACGGGAAAGGGCUCCAGUGGUACAGGAACCUGAUGCCCAAAGCACUUGAUGGUCAGAUUGUGAUGGAGAAAACGCCCAGAUACUUUGUGACAGCAGAGGCUCCAGGUCGUAUUCAUGCAAUGUCCAAGGACACCAAACUAAUAGUGGUUGUACGGGACCCAGUGACAAGAGCUAUCUCGGACUACACCCAGAUCAUCUCGAAAGCACCGGGUAUCCCCGGCUUUGAAACUCUCACUUUCAAAAACAGGACUACGGGCCUGAUAGAUGCGUCGUGGAGCCCAAUAUGGAUUGGGAUCUAUGCUCAGCACUUGGAGAACUGGCUCCAGUACUUCCCAUUGUCCCAGAUGCACUUUGUCAGUGGGGAAAGGCUGAUCAGUGAUCCAGCUGGGGAGCUGGGAAAAGUCCAGGACUUCCUCGGCCUGCAGAGAAUGAUAACGGAUGAACACUUCUUCUUCAAUGAGACUAAGGGAUUCCCUUGCCUGAAGAAACCCCAGGGCAAUGGCAAACCUCACUGCCUGGGCAAAACAAAAGGCAGGAUCCACCCCAACAUAGAUCCAGGGGUGGUAGAGAAACUGCGGGAAUUCUACCGGCCUUUCAACCGCCAUUUCUACCAAAUGACAGGACAGAACUUUGGCUGGGAAUGAAAGAGGGGUGGGAAAGGCCACCAGUGGCAAAGAACUGAAGCAUCGGCAGAAGAGUGGGAGAUAUCGAUCGUGGUGCCAACAACUCCAAGUUCACACAUGAUGUCGAAGAUGUAGCACAUGCACAUCCACAGGAGCUGUGCUGGGCUUGUGCACUCUGCAUCUGCAAAUUUGCAAAUCUUGGAGAGACUAGGCACCUGAGCAUGAAGACUUAAAGACUGCGGACAUUUUCACUCAAUAUUUACUCAAAUCUUCAUCACACCUUUAAAAGGGCAAUGUUCAUCUUGCGAGGCAAAUUGACUUUAUUUUCGCUUGCAUUGGUCCUGAGCAAUGGUUGUUUUUAUAUAUAUAUAUAUAUAUAUACAUAUAUAUAAAUAGAUAUAUAUAUCUAUUAACAGCAAGGUCACAAAAGUGAAUAACAUCAGGGCUGAAAUCCCUUUAGAUUCACUGGCACUCGAAAACUCUACCACGGAAAGUUGUCAUUUCUAUGAAGCAAUGCUUUGCUGUUCUAUGCCACAUUGGUGAUUUAUCACUUUCCUUGUGUCAUCACAAUUACUGCUUUGUUGUAACAGCAGCAUCCUGACAUCAUAAAAGAGCUUAACUGCUUGCAUUGUUUUACUUUAAUUUCCAGUAGACUUGAAACUAAUUUACCUCCCCUUCCCUGUAUUACUACCUGUGAUAUAAAUGAGAGGAUGACAGCGGAACACCUGAGCUCUCCCACCUGUGAGAAAAGCCUUUAAUAAUUUGUUUGUGCUUGACGGUAAGAGAACCUUCUCCACCAUAGAAUAAAGCCAGCAUUCUAUUGUUCCCUGCUGUAUAUCCUUUCUCCAUGUUGUAUAUAUGUGUGGUUGUUUUCCAUAAAUCAUUCUAUUUUUCA